CAUUGCACCCGGACACCAGUUCCUCUUCCCUGAGUCGCUGGGUGCAGAUCCUGAGGAGAACCCCAGACCACAGCGGAUCCGCGGAGGGUGCAGACCACUCUGCCCCACGUCCAGGUGGUUGCUUGAAUGGGGGGCUCCCUGGCGUGGAUGCUGUUGUUGCCACUGCUGCUGCAGGAUCCAGGCAGCCAAGCAUUUUCCUGCAACGUGUCAUCUGGAAACAUGGACUGGAACACAGAGUUCAAAGACACAUGCCUGAAUUUCAGUGACCAAGGCCUCAGACUGCCCCAGAACCAGUCUCUGCAGGCCAGGAGCCUGCUCCACCUUAUCCUGUCUGGGAAUGGUCUUCGAGAGCUACCACCGCUCUUCUUUAAACUGCUGGGAAACCUGAGUGUCCUGGAUGUGACGAACAACCCACUGGACCGUGUGGAUGGGGAGCUGGCCCUGCGCUGUACGCUUGACCUGAAGGCUGACUGCAGCUGUGUCCUAGAAUCCUGGCACCAGAUCCGACAGGACAACUGCUCUGGCUGGCUACCUCUCCAGUGCCGGGACACAGCUACUGGUGGCUGGCACAAUGUCUCUUCCUUCCUGGAGGCUGGCUGCCCCCCUGGCCUGUCCUUACGGGUCAUCGGGGCACUGGUGGCCAGUGGAAGUCUGCUCCUGGGGCUCACCAUUGCUGGCCUAGUGCUGGCCUGGAGACUCUGGGGCCACGGGAGGAUCAGUAAACGGGACGUGAACAAAACAAGGGCUGCUCAGGAUGGUUCUCGGUCUGGCUCUGGCAAGCAGCCGAGAUACAGUAGCCGGGGCCUCAACCCUAAGCCCCCAGCAGCUGCCGUGCCCAGACCCUGCACCCCCGACUAUGAGAAUGUGUUCGUGGGCCAGCCAGCUGCCGGGCACCAGUGGGCCGAACAUGGGGCUCACCCAUCAGAGGACAGCGACUUCUACAUGAACUACGAGGGCCCCGACCAUGCCUCCCAGCCUGUCUACUGCAACCUUCAGUCAUUGCGCAAGACCCCGCUGGAUGAGGAGGAGUAUGUGAUCCCUGGGCGCUGAGCCUCUGAUGCCCUGAACUCCAGCCUGCUGCCUUCUAUGUGACUUCAGGCAUUCUGACUCUUCCCUGGCCUCAGUCUUCCCACCUGAGGAAUGGGGACAGGGAAGGACCGUCGCUGAGGCCGCAGGGAGGUUCUUCAGCUCCCUCUCUAGCCCCUGCUCUGCUUCUCAGCUCCCUAAGCUGCUGGAAGGGGAAGAGAAGAGGCUCCGGUAUGGCAACAGGAGGGUCAGUUCAUGAACUCUGUCAUCACCCUUAGUGUGCAGACCAAGCUUAAUAAAU